CGAAAGAGACAGAGUGGUGAGGAGAGAGGCAUCGUCUCACUGAUGCUGAGUCACAUAACUGAGGGACCACAGCCGCAUCCCAUGAGUCUUUGGGAAUAAUGGAGGAGCUUGAGCACACCUGCCCCCACCCCCGGACGACUCUGACAGAGCCUGCCAUCUUUGCCAGGGAGACCAGUUGCGAUUGUCGAGCCCCUCAUGAGAAACUCACCAUCGCUCAGGCCCGCAGAGGCACCCCAGUGGACCGGCCAGUCAGAGUCUAUGCAGAUGGCAUUUUUGACCUGUUCCACUCCGGACAUGCUCGUGCCCUCAUGCAGGCCAAGAACCUCUUCCCCAACACCUACCUCAUAGUAGGAGUGUGCAGUGAUGAGCUGACCCAUAAGUACAAAGGUUUCACAGUCAUGACGGAGCACGAACGUUACGAAGCGUUGAGACACUGCCGCUACGUCGAUGAGGUUUUGAGAGACGCACCCUGGACUCUCACGCCCGAGUUCCUUGAGAAACACAAGAUCGAUUUUGUGGCUCAUGAUGAUAUCCCAUACUCCUCAGCAGGAAGUGAGGACGUUUAUAAACACAUCAAGGAGGCAGGGAUGUUUGUGCCCACACAACGCACGGAGGGAAUCUCAACAUCUGACAUAAUUACCAGAAUUGUCAGAGACUAUGACGUCUACGCCCGACGCAACCUCCAGCGUGGCUACACGGCCAAGGAGCUUAACGUCAGCUACAUCAAUGAGAAGAAGUACCGACUACAGAACCAGGUGGAUCGCAUGAAGGAGAAAGUUCGCACGGUGGAGGAGAAGAGCAAACAUUUUGUUUACCGUGUGGAGGAGAAGAGUCACGACCUCAUUCAGAAGUGGGAAGAGAAAUCUAGGGAAUUUAUUGGCAACUUCUUAGAACUUUUUGGACCAGAUGGAACUUGGAAACAGGUGUUUCAGGAGCGCAGCGGUCGGAUGCUGUCCUACGCUCUGUCUCCAAGAGAGUCGCCCUGCAACAGCCCACCCCGCGAACUGUCCCCCCUGCGCUCUCCCUCGCCCCCGUCUCCCCCCGCACGCUGGCACAAUGCACGGCCCUCGCCCCCAACCUCCCCCAAAGGGGCGUCAGCAUCUAUAAGCAGCAUGAGUGAAGGUGACGAAGACGAGAAAUAGAUGGACUGUUGAACACACUCACGCACCCAUGCACACACAAACACUUCACUCACACUACACUGCCCGAGAACCUCACACACACAC